GCGAGCGACGAGUGAGCGUGUACGAGAAAAGCUACACUCCGAGGCAUUCCAUCAUCUAUUCCCCUGCAGCUUCUCGUGUUCACACACACACCCCCUCCUCCUGGGGAGAGAGAGAGAGCGAGGGAGAGAGUGAGAGAGCGGGAGCGAGAGGGAAGGAAAAGGAGGGAGAGGUGCAGCACACCAAGCAGCAAACGACGGCAGGGUUGCGAGGGCAGGAGACACACUGCUCGAUUCCUCCAGGAGAGAGCGAGGGGUGAGAGCGCAAGCGAGUCCGACGCAGAACACACGCUUUCCCUCCUCCUCCUCCCUCUUCCUCCCCACGCACCUCCGCUGCUCCUGGGCAAACGUGUGCGUGUCACAGGGUUUUUUUUCUUCAGCCCUCUGGUUUUUUUCUCUCCCUCGCCGCUCGCCAUUCGGCCGCUCCGAGCGGCGGUGACAGCGGGCUGUGGUAGCAGGAGCUCUGGGACUGUCUCCUAGAAGAGGCCAACAUGCUCAACAACAUACCUGACUGUGAGGAGGUGGAGGGAGGCACCAACAGUCAGGGAGAUGGCAACCCCAAAGAGAGCAGCCCCUUUAUCAACAGCAGCGGUAGCAGCGGAGUGGAGAAGACACAGCAGUACGACAGGAAAAAUAUGGCUCUGUUUGAGGAGGAGAUGGACACAAGUCCCAUGGUAUCGUCACUACUCAGCAGCCUGGCCAAUUACUCCAACCUGCCACAGGGCAGCAAGGAACACGAGGAGGCUGAGAACAAUGAAGAGGCCCGCAAGAAAGUGGUCCAGGCGCCUCGUAUGGGCACAGUGAUGGGCGUGUACCUGCCCUGCAUGCAGAACAUCCUGGGCGUGAUCCUCUUCCUCCGUAUGACCUGGCUGGUGGGCGUGGGUGGAGUCCUGGGCACUUUCCUCAUCGUUUUCAUGUGCUGCUCCACGACUAUGCUGACUGCAAUUUCCAUGAGUGCGAUUGCCACAAAUGGAGUCGUACCAGCUGGUGGUUCCUACUAUAUGAUCUCUCGCUCACUGGGGCCAGAGUUUGGUGGAGCAGUGGGCAUUUGUUUCUACCUGGGCACCACCUUCGCUGGUGCCAUGUACAUCCUGGGCUGCAUUGAGAUAUUGCUGAUCUACAUAGCCCCACAGGCUGCCGUAUUUCAGAUCGAGGGUCUGGAGGGAGCAGAGGCCGAGGCGGGCAUGCUCAAUAACAUGCGGGUGUAUGGCACCAUUGUGCUCUCCUUCAUGUCCCUGGUCGUCUUUGUUGGCGUGAAGUACGUGAACAAGCUGGCGCUGGUCUUCCUCGCCUGUGUCAUCGUCUCUAUCCUUGCUGUCUACGGCGGGGUGAUCAAGACCGCCUUCGACCCGCCAGACUUUCCGAUCUGCUUACUGGGCAACCGAACCCUGUUUUCCAAGGGCUUGGACGUGUGUGCCAAGACCAUCGAUCGCGGCAAUGGCACCAUCACCACCAAGCUCUGGAGGUUCUUCUGCGACUCGGAAUUCCUCAACGCCACCUGUGAUGAGUACUUCACCAACAACAACGUCUCCCAGUUGCAGGGAAUCCCUGGUAUCACCAGUGGCAUCCUGGCAGAGAAUCUAUUCAGCACCUUUAUGAAGAAGAACGACAUCCUGGAGAAGCGAGGCUUGCCAGCCGUGGAGGACCCUGACAUCCCACUGGCCAACAGCAACCGCUACGUCCUGGCCGACAUCACUAGCUUCUUUACCCUGUUGGUGGGCAUCUACUUCCCAUCCGUCACAGGUAUCAUGGCUGGAUCCAACCGCUCCGGUGACCUGCAGGACGCUCAGAAGUCCAUCCCCAUUGGCACCAUCCUGGCCAUCUCCACCACCUCCGCCAUAUACAUGUCCUCCGUGAUCCUGUUUGGGGCUUGUGUGGAUGGAGUGGUUCUGAGAGACAAGUUUGGUGAAGGUGUCAACGGUAACCUGGUCAUUGGAACUUUAGCAUGGCCCUCCCCGUGGGUCAUUGUGUUUGGUUCCUUUUUUUCCACAUGUGGGGCGGGGCUUCAGAGUUUGACUGGCGCACCCCGCCUCUUGCAAGCCAUUGCUCGAGAUGGGAUUAUCCCCUUCCUCAGGGUAUUCGGUCAUGGAAAGGCAAAUGGGGAGCCCACAUGGGCUCUGCUCCUGACCGCGAGCAUCUGUGAGAUUGGCAUUAUCAUCGCCUCCCUGGACUCUGUUGCACCCAUCCUCUCCAUGUUCUUCCUGAUGUGCUACAUGUUUGUGAACUUGGCCUGUGCUCUGCAGACGCUACUCAGAACGCCGAACUGGAGGCCCCGCUUCAAGUACUACCACUGGACUCUGUCCUUCUUGGGAAUGAGCUUGUGUCUGUCCCUGAUGUUCAUAUGCUCCUGGUACUACGCCAUCGUGGCCAUGGUCAUUGCCAGCUGCAUCUAUAAAUAUAUCGAGUUUUGCGGGGCGGAGAAGGAGUGGGGUGAUGGGAUACGUGGCGUCUCUCUCAGCGCUGCUCGUUACGCCCUGAUGAGGUUGGAGGAAGGACCCCCACACACAAAGAACUGGAGACCACAGAUCCUGGUCCUGGUGGGUCUGGAUGAGGAGCAGAAUGUGGAGCAGCCACGCUUGCUGUCGCUGACCAAUCAGCUGAAGGCAGGCAAAGGCCUGACCAUUGUGGGCUCAUGUGUCGUGGGUACUUACCUGAACAACCACCCACAGGCGCAGAAAGCUGAACAGUCUCUGAGGAAGCUGAUGGAGACAGAGCGGGUGAAAGGCUUCAGUCAGGUGGUGAUCUCCUCCAACCUGCGGGACGCCACCUCUCACCUGAUCCAAGCUGGAGGACUCGGGGGGCUCCGGCACAACGCAGUGCUGGUCAGUUUCCCCAAGAACUGGAAAAAGGCCACAGACAGCCAGCAGCUGAGUAACUUCAUUGAGGUUGUCAGGGAGACUACGGCAGCUCGCUUGGCUCUGCUGGUGCCGAAGAACAUCGCCGCUUAUCCGUCCAAUGGCGAGCGCUUCACCGAGGGCCAUAUCGACGUCUGGUGGAUUGUCCAUGAUGGAGGAAUGCUCAUGCUCCUCCCCUUCCUGCUGCGACAGCACAAGGUCUGGAAGAAGUGUAAGAUGCGCAUCUUUACUGUGGCUCAGAUGGAUGACAACAGCAUUCAGAUGAAAAAAGACCUCAUUACCUUCCUGUAUCACCUGCGACUCGACGCAGAGGUGGAAGUGGUGGAAAUGCACGACAGUGACAUCUCAGCCUACACCUAUGAGAAGACUCUGGUCAUGGAACAGAGGUCUCAGAUCCUCAAAGAGAUGCACCUUACCAAAAAUGAGCGGGAAAGAGAGAUCCAGAGCAUCACCGAUGUGUCACGGGGGUCCAUCCGCCGAAAGAACCCGCCAAACCUGCACGCGCAGAAAACUGAUGAGUCAGCAGGGGGCAGUGUUGAGGAGAAACCAGAGGAAGAGGUGCAGCUCAUCCAGGGCAUGAAUACCACCCUCAUCCCCACCCCCACCAACCCGACCUCCCCAACCUCUCUAAGUGCCCAGGCUGUGAGCCCCGGGGAGGCUGUGCAGAUGACCUGGAGCGAUGCCAUUGACAAUUCCAAGAAUCCCUCUGUGGCCAUCCCAGAAGGCAUCAGAGACAUGUUCAACAUGAAGCCGGAGUGGGAAAAUCUGAACCAGUCGAACGUGAGACGCAUGCACCAUGCGCAGAAGCUCAAUGAGGUCAUCGUGAGGAAGUCGCAGGACGCAAAGCUGGUCCUGCUGAACAUGCCUGGACCUCCCAAAAACCGCAUGGGCGAAGAGAACUACAUGGAGUUCCUUGAAGUCCUCACCGAGGGUCUCAAUCGGGUCCUCCUUGUGCGUGGUGGCGGCCGGGAGGUCAUCACCAUCUAUUCUUGAGGGGCAAUGCAAUACUUAGCACUGCUUAUGUCUCUCAUUCCAUGUCCCUGUUAGCAAAGACUGAUCACCCCAGCAUCCUCAUACCUUAUCACAAGCAAUAUAGCCCCAAACAUAUCAGGCAACUUUGCACUGCAUAAUCAACACCUUAUCGAACACCAGCUUAGUAUUUGUUCUACCGUGACACUGAUUCCUAUUUAUCCCCUCACCUGUUUGUCCUCAUUUAAUGAACAACUUACACUCAGCCAUGUGUAGUGGCUUUUGAUUGCCAUUACAGUGCGCAAAACGAUUAGUAGGUGUUUAGCACUAAUGUCUGAGGGUUGGUAUCACAAACAAGAAUCAAAAGUUGCUCCGGUACUUUAGUUAAACCCAACCAAACACUCUGAUGUGAUGUUGUACUGCUGAGAAAAAGAAAAAAAAAAAGUAUGCUUUGUGGUAAGCAAACCAUAUGCAUUUGCAGUUCAUGGACAGAGCAUCAUUUGGAUACUAAUUCAAAUCAAAGGUCAAAUGGAAAAGGUUUGUAUGAUGAGAAAAAAAGUCUUCCACUGUACUGUCUAAUUGCCCAAGAAGCACUUUGAAUCAAAAUCUGCAGGGUCAGUGUGUGAACCUGGUGAACCUAAAGCAAAGCCCUGUACCUGUAUUGUAAGUCUAUAUUAUAAGUCCCUAGUACUUCAUGUCACCAUAUUUAAUAAUGAGAAACCACUGAAGAUAGACGAACUUGUGGUGAUAGGGUUUCGUGUGUGUGUGUGUGUGUGUGUGUGUGUGUGUGUGUGUGUGUGUGUGCGCGUGUGUGUAUGUGGUUUUUGUGUCAAGUAGAACUCACUGAUUACAGAGUUUCUUCUGAACUUGUUUGUAAGAGUGGAAGUUCUUAUUAAUCUUUAUGAGAACAUGAUGGCAGUGUUUUACUUUCACAGCUCAAAUUCUAAUUACACACAUAAUAGAUUAAUGAAUUACAUUCAUCAGUACCUGUACACAACACACACACACACAUUUAUAAUUUCUUAUGCAUCUU